UUUAGGAAUGACGCAGUCGUAAUUGAAAACGUUGGCUGUCGUUCGUAGCUAAUUUAUGAAUAUAAAUUUUCUAUUUAUUGAUUAUUUAUAAACAAAAAAUAUAUAUUGUUUCUAUAUCCUUAACCUCAAAAUACAACUAAAGCCAACAAGAAGAAAAUAACCACAUCCAAGGGGUGAUGAUACUAGAACCUUUACUUUUGAAAAUUGUAGCACAGAUUUAAACAAAUUACUAAUUUCUAUCCAAUCAUAAUCAAUCAUAAUCAAAAAGCAUUUUUAUAGCAAUUGUUUUUUUUUAUAUAAAUAUAAUGACUCAGAAUAAUAGUGACAUCAAUGAAUAUACUGAUGACAAUGACUUUGACCCUAUACAUGAUAUUAUUGACUAUUUAGUGAGGUGUGCUGAAAUAACAUUUAAAAAUUCACACCCUAAUGAAAAUAAUCUAAAAACUGUUGAUAAAACAGCUUACGCUCACAACUUGUACUUGAAGUCACCAACACAGUUUCUUAUGCAAUUUGGCAAAUUUCUCUCUCCUAAUCAUUUACAAUAUUUUGAAACAUUGAGUAUUUACAAGGAUAAUCAAGAUUUUAAUAAAUGUGUAUCUCAUCUUAAAGUCUAUCAUUCUGAGGAAAGUAGAAGUAAACGAAUAAGGAAUAGAAGAUAUAAAGCACUCCAAAAACUACAAGAAGAAACAGAUUAUUUUAGUGAAAAAGAAAUGAUGUACAGAAAUCCAUUACUGUAUGAACAGUUAGUAGGACAGUACUUAUUGGAUGAAGAAAUACAGGAGAGGGAUGCAGUAGACAGUGACAACUUGACACUGCUAGGCUUAAUUUUGGAGACGGUAGAUCGUAACCAGAUGAGAGAAGUAAAAAAUGUACAAAUGCUUGAUGAGGACAAAGAGUCUACUUCAAAUCAUUCAAUAAAUAAUAACCAAACACAAGAAAAAGAAAACAGUAUCAAGAAGAAGCAGUGGGGAGACUUUGAUGUUCCUGAUACAAAAGAUACUUACACACCAGAGAUAAGAAAACAAACAAUGAUAAAUGCAAAUGAAAAGAGAAUAUUACGAGAAGAGUUUUACCAAGAAAUGUACAGCAGUUUCAUAGAAGGAAGAGACACUGACUUUGACUACAACAAUGUUGAUAACAAUGAAGAUUAUGAUGAUCUUGAACAAAUAUCACAAGAUGCAGAAGAUAAGUAUUUUGAUUCUGAACAGAAUGACAGUGAAACAUUGGAGGAGCACAUGACAUUAAUACAGGAAUACUCCUCAAAAAACUCUAAUGAUAAUGGUAGUGAUCCCUUAGAUGUAUUCAUGCAACACAUCUCAAAUAAAUUGAAUAAAACCUAAA